UGGUCAGCUGCCCGCGUUGACCGAUAUUCUGGUGAGACCGAUGCGAUGUUCUGACUAAUGAAAUGGUAGACAGUAAACUGUCCCAUGUCCACGUUAUCACGCGAUUAAGUGGGCAGGUCUUCGUGUGAAUGUUGCAUGACCACUUCCGAGCGCUAACGGGCACUUAGGGACAAAACAUGUUUAUGCAGUCGAUGCAGUGACUUUCUCAUCUUCCUCGAAUUCUCAAUCUUCUAGUUAAGUUAAGUUCUUCUAGUGAUUUGUCAGAAUUCGAUCUCGAAGACGUUACAGAAGAAAUCAAAUUUUCUAUGUUUUACCAGUAACUAAUUAAAAAAAUGCUUCUGAUUCUUUUUGCCGCUCCGUUCCAUUUUUGAAGGUGCAGAGACGAGAACUCAUACUCGACUUGAAACAAGAUGCCCUCCAUCUCCCAAAGAAUGCUUGUUGUGGGCCUUUGCGUCGUUGCAAUAGCAGGUGCAACUUUAGCUCGACAGACGAUAGGGGUGGUGCCUGCCAUACCGCUGACACGUACCGCUAUGCCCACCUCGACAUCCUCCAGCACCAACAUUCCAUCCAACCUAACCACGGAGGCACCGAGGUCAAGCGUUUCAUCUUCGCCCGGAUUGCUGAUCAAUGCGACUUCCGAAACAUUAAUCAACACAACAACUCUUACAACGCCAAAUCUAGAUGCGAAUAAAAGCGUGCAGCUUGCGACCGGCAACACAAGAGGAAGCAACAGCGCGGAUAUCACAACGGGAAGCACGAUACCGGCACAGACGCCGGAAAUCAACUUAAAUAAAAAUGCAACCGCAACGACCACAAUCCCAACAAUCAAUGAAACUGUUAGCGAAACCACACCGUUGUCAUCAGAACCAAGUACAUCAGUGACUACUGAAAUUAAAAAUGAGAAUGCAACAGAAUCCACAGCUACAAUAGAAACCGGUGAUUCUCAUGAAAAUUCUACCCAGCUGAACGGAAACCAGACGGCAUCAGCAGUAAUGGACACCGGAGAGAAAGGUGAAAGUGAAACCAUUCCUGAGAAUCAAAAGAAGCUAGAGAUCAACGCAACGGAUGUGACUGUUACCACAUUUACCGGUACACCAAAUGGCGUCACGGAGUCGUUUACAGCAACCCAGUCUUUCGAUAAACCAUUCCAAAUGGAAAGUGCUACUACUACUAUAGACUUACUUGGAAGUUCAACCAUCACCCCCAAUUUGAAUUCCACCAGGAACGAUACAGAACUAAGUAGCGAAAAGCUUUCAAAUAUCUCAACAAAUCAGACCACUAUUUCGCCACCCGCCUUGCCCUUGGUAACCUCAAAUGCCACUCACCUGCCAACAGAUCUUGCUACGACCACUGUAAUAUCCACUCUGAACGUGACAGAAAGGUCAAAUAAUAAGACUCUGAUCAGCAACGGCACAGCGGAAAGCCCGGUGCAAGAUUCAAAGGAGCCGCCUCAAGUCAGCAUUUCCAACAUGAAUCCUCAGCCGAUUUCCCCUAGCAUUGUGGGAGGACUGCGGCAUCGGCGUCAGUUGCAAGGCCUACCCAUCGCUGACAGCGUUGUCAUUGAGGAUGUUGCAGCACCAGGACUAGUGCCCCUAGCUGGAAUAUCAACGGGGCUCGGAGGCGUUUUAGGCAAUCGGCCGACUAUCGUGGACAGUGUCGUCAUGGACGAUAUAGUGGCCCCGAAUCCCGGGGUAAUUCCCGGUGUAGUGGGCGGGGUAGGCGGAACACCAACAAUUGUGGAUACCAUUACGGUGGAGGACAUUGUUGUGCCGGAUGCUGCAUUGGGAUAACAAAUGACCGGUUUUAAUCCGGAUCGACCUUACCAUUAGCACUGCAUGGCCACUAUGGUCAUCGUUCACGGCACAGUGACUCAUGAUUUUAUAUGCUUACUAAUUACCGUUAUAAGUAACAAUAUUUUGGUAUAGUUCUGAUUGGGAGACAUUAUAUAAAUG